AUGGAGCUCACCCAGUACGGGAUUGAGUACGCUCUGCGGACGUCCAUCAAGGCCCAGGCCUUUGCUGACUUCAUAGUAGAAUGCUCCGCCCACCCGGUGGAGAGCUCGCUGGUUGAAGGUCCGGAGGCAGCGAAAUGGUGGGAGAUACACACCGACGGUGCCGCCAGCACCCGGCAUUGUGGAGGUGGCGUCAUGGUCACCACCCCCGAGGGAUUCCGCCUAUAUUAUGCCUUAAGAUACCAAUUUCGAACCUCCAACAAUGAGGCGGAGGAGGAAAGGCUAAGACUCUAUAAAGAUGUUGUCAAAGGGUUAUUGAAUAAGUUGGAAGCCUACGAGAUUGUUCACAUCUCGCGAGCCGAGAAUGCUGAAGCAGAUAUCCUAUCGAAGUUGGCCUUGGGAAGGGUACCCCUGUACCUGUCGAUGGCUUGUCGCAUCGCGGUCGUAGAGCGACCAAGCACCGAAAUGCUCUCGGUUUGCGCAGUUGUCCAGGCACCCACUUCCCUACCCAGCCAUGAUAACCAGCCCAAGUGGCCGUGGCUAACGGACUUGAUCAGGUAUAAGCAAAAGGCGGAGUUACCUGACAAUAAGGAGGAUGCCGACUGCAUAAGAAGGAGAGCUCCCUCCUUCGAGUUGGUGGAUGGGCUGCUCUAUAAGAGAUCUGACGGAAGGCCGUUGUUAUGCUCUCUACUCCCUGAGGAAGCCAGGACCGUGAUGGCAGCCACCCAUCGAGGAAUCUGUGAGGCCCCUCAAGGGGACAACACUCUGGCCAAGAAGCUCAUCGUUCGGGGCUACUAUUGGCCAACCAUGGUGAAAGACUGCGUCGAGGAAGUGCUAAAAUGCUCUGUGUGCCAAGUGUUCGCUAAAAAGAGCACCCGGCCGGCAACCUUUUAUACCCCGAUUACUACUGCGAUACCAUUUGUAAGUGGGGUAUCGACCUACUCGGGCCGCUGCCCCAAGUGCCCGGGCGAAUUUGGGUUGCCCGAGCAGCUAGUGACAGAUAACGGACGACAAUUUGACAACAGGGCCUUCGCGACUUUCUGUGUACAGAAUGGUAUUCGGCACAUUAAGGUGUCCGUAGCUUACCACCAGGCGAAUGGACAGAUUGAGAACUUAAACCGUACACUCUUGGACGGGUUGUGGAAAAAGUUAGAGGAGUUAGGUGACACAUGGGUUGAGCAGUUGGAGAAGGUACUAUGGGCGUACCGGACGACCCCGCGAAGGGAGACUGUUGAAACCCCUAUUGCCUUAGCAUACCGGUUCGAGGCGAAGGUCCCAACCGAGCUCUUGGUGCCUAGUCGACGAGUCUUGCUGUACAAUGACGAAGGAAAUGAAGGAACGCUGCGAAUUGAAAAGAAUCUCUUGGAGGAAAGGCGAGACGUAGCCUAUGCUCGGAUGGUCGAGUACCAGAAGGCUGUCAAGCGCUACCAGGAGGGCGAGCCUGUGGAACGAAUGUGGAACACUCACCACCUUAAGAAAUUCUACCAGUGA